AAUAAAUAGACUUUUUAUUCAGCUGCACACCAAAUGUAGAAGUGAUAGAUUUUAGGUGUAGUGUUCCUUUAAAAGCGCAGUUAUUUACUAUGGGACAUUGUGAAUGAGAGGUUACCUGGCUACGUACAAUGUACACUAUGCGUGAUGGCAUGGGGUCAUGUUACACAGCCAAUGCUAUAGACACACAGAUGCUGUGCGUUUCCAACCUGGCCAGGAGUCACAGGCUUACUAUGGGGGUUAUUGGAAGCACAAUGAGAAGACAGAAGAAAAGCUGUGGACAUAAAAGUGACAAGGACGCAGUUAUGGAUUUAUCCCAGAUGUGGAAUAUGAUCAAUAACUUGCCUCCUGUUGAGAGACUGCAUGAUCAUUCUUCCCAGCGUGGGCCUUCUGGUUGGAUCACCAUAAGGGUGUUUGUUUCAUCCACAUUUGAUGAUUUCCACUCAGAGAGAGAAGUCCUUGUAAAGCAGGUGUUUCCAGAACUCAGAGAGUGGUGUGAAGCCCGCAGUAUGUGCUUGGUUGAGUGCGAUUUAAGAUGGGGAAUCCCUAAGGACACAUCUUCAGGCAAGAUUUUUUCCACCUGUCUUGGGGAACUAGAUCGAUGUCACCAGGACAGCUUUGGUAUGCCCUUUAUGGUGGUUCUUCUAGGUGAACGUGCUGGUUGGAUACCACAUGCAGCUGAGGUGCCUCAAGAAAUUGUUGACGUCUAUCGUUGGAUCAAUGGCAUGUCUGUCACAGGAACAGAGAUAUUACAUGGAGCUUAUAGAAACUACAAUCCCAAUGCAGCCUUUUGCCUUCGAGAUCCAUCUUUUCUGCUCCAGUUGCCCCAGGAAGAUCUUCCAAGAUAUCAAGACAAAGGUCACAAGGCUGUGUUCAUGAAGUCUCUCAAGGAACAAGUGAGUCACCGCUUUCCUGAAGAUCAAAUUCUACAUUAUGGGUGCCAAAUACUUUCCCCCGACUCUGCUACCAGAUCAGGAAAGGUAAAACUGGGGUUUUCUUCUGAUUUCUCCUUGAGGAUUGUGGAGUUUCUUAAAAAGAGAAUUCUUGAAACCUUCCCAGAACGUUCAGCUGGUAUAUCAGCAAGGGCACACAUUUCCUGGGAAGAGACAGAAUUAGCUCAACAUCACUUGUUUCUCCAUCAAAAACAGCAGCUGUUUCUUGGCCGAGAUCUUGAGUUACAGAGGAUCCUAGAGUUCUUACAUAUGGAUCAAGUUGAUUCUACUAUGCUAGAAAAUAAAGACUCAGCUGAAUGGAGGAUCCCUGUGUACCAGAUAGUUUCAGAGCCUGGAAGAGGCAAGUCAUCUUUAUUGGCUGCUUGCAUAUCUAGAGUGCUCCAGCUUCCUCGUAGCAGGGUCUUCUACCAUUUUGUUGGCUGCAGUCCUUCGUCUGUUCAACUUUCGAAUAUAGUGAUGCGUCUGUGCUGCAACCUCAUGUCAAGUGGACCAGAGCAAGAGGAUAUUCUUGAGAAGCUAAGAAAUUGUUGGAGAAAUGAAGAGAUGAAAGACAUACUGCAGCACGUUCUGCAAACAUCUGCCAAACUCACUAACAUGGCCACUUACAUAUUUAUUGAUGCCAUAAAUCAGCUUCCAUUUCCAGCUGAUGUCAAUGACUUAUUCUCUUGGCUGAGCACCCAAGGAUUUCUUCCUCCCUCUUAUAAGUUUGUCAUCAGCUGUACCCCAGACUCUGCACUUCACAGUAUGCCAUCAUCCAACUGUCUGGAGCUGGAUCUUUUGUCCCCAGGGGCAGCACAGAACCUGGCAGUGUUAUACCUAUCCCGUUAUUGCAAGAUAUUGAGCACCGAGCAGCUUUAUAAACUACUUCAAAAAUCCUCCUCCACACACCCUUUGUGGAUAUCACUUGCCUGUGAGGAGCUCCGCGUGUAUGGAGUUUUUGAGAUGCUCACAAAAAAGAUUAUAGGGUUACCUGGCACUCUACAAGGGCUCCUAGAAAGUAUAAUUCAGAGACUGGUGCAGGAAGACGACAGUAAUCGAGUCAAGAAGCUACUUUGUUUGCUGCAUUGCUGUCAGGAAGGUGUAGCUGAGCAAGAUUUGCAGGGAGCCAUGUCUACCCUAGAAGGUGCCUCGGAAAUACCCGCCAUGCAUUGGGCAACACUUCGCAGAACUUUGAGUUGUCUUCUUCGAGUAGGCCAGGACCAUAGAGGGAAAGACAUGCUAGGUUUCUUUCAUGGCAGUGUGGCAGAGGCAGUGGAGAAGUGCUUGCUCAGUCCCGACAACUCUCACCAUUUAUAUUUAGUAAACCUGGCUGAUUACUAUGAGUACAAAUGCACAGAUAAUGCCACAGUGAUCAACCAGCUACCACAACUACUGCAAAAAGCCAUGAUGAACAGUCGCCUGGUUAAUUUCCUGAGAAAGGAUCCCCGUGCUCGCUCCAUACAAGCUCACACAAGAACACGGUACCUAAAGGGUCUACGUUGUACCAAUAUAUGCAGGGAUGGCUUUCUCAGGUCUCAAGCAAUGAUCUGUGGGAUGUGUUCGAUGAAAAUUGGAGCAUUUGGUCAGCUGUUUGGGAAUAAGCAGAGCUGCGUCUUAUGUGGAGCACAUGUCACCAUCAUGGGGAGAGAGGCUUUCCUGUGUUCUCAGCAUUACAGGGUUGGCACAACUGAAUGUCUAGUUUGCAAAUCGCCUAUCCUGGGGCAUCCACCACCAUCUCCUGCUCUUCUGUGUCACAGCUGUGGCUUCUAUGAAACAUGUGUUGCCUUAAAAAAGUGAAUUAAUAUUGCGGCUUAAAAUCAUGAAGUGCUGGAACACAAAUUUAUUUUUGUUUUAUGUAAAGUAACUUUUAUGUUACUAGGUUACUAUGUUUUAGUCUAAUAAUAAUUUAUAGAAAUGUAUUGUAACAUAUAUAGUACGGCAGGGGUCUAUUCUUAAAGGGGUUGUUGGAUUAUGAAAAACCCCUUUUAUUACAAUACACGAAAGUAAUUCAAUUUAUAAUAGUUACAUUUCCAAAAGGGUCCUAUUUUCCUGCUUGGUCACCUGACUACUUUUCAUUUUCCCCCCAACUCUGCUAUCACAUAUAGUACUUGCAUAUUUAAGAAAGCUGUGCAGGACCUAGCAGGAUGGGGAGCCCAACAGAUUUGCAAGUAUUUGCAUCUGCCUACAGUUAUGGCGCAUGUUUACAAUGAGAUGAUGGAGGAGUGAACCAUUUCUUCCCACCUCUCAUGUAGAGAUGCACGGCC